GGGGCCAGGCUAACAUAAACAUGGAUCCCGUUUUGUACGUGUUGGCUGCUGCCAUCAUAGCGAUUCUCAUCUUCUUUGCAUCGAAAUUAAGGCGACAAGUGCAAAAAGUCUUUGCUACCUCAGCAGAUCGGAACCAACAGCGUAAUGUAGAGGCUGCUGCUGGAAGGCCUCGGCCUGUUAAUGAAGAUCGGCCGGCUGGUGCACCUAGGAUACGACGCAAUCUCAGAAAUAGACUUCUGGCUCGGAGACUUCUGGAAGCUGACCAGGAUGCCCAAGUUGAAGUGGAAGCAGAAAAAGAUGGUGCAGAAUUUCAAACACAGGGCAAAAUUGGAGCCAAGAAACAGCGGAAAUUGGAAGAGAAAGAACAGCGAAAGGCACAAAGAGAGGCUGAAGAAGCAGAACGAGAGGAACGGCGAAAAUUGCAACUCAAGAGAGAUGAAGACCGGAAAAAAGAUGAGGAACGGUUACGACUUGAAGAGCAGCGAAAAGAAGAAGAAUUAAAAAAAGCAUGGGAAGAAAAGCAACGCCGAGACCACGAAGAAUACCUCAAGUUGAAAGAAGCAUUUACCGUUGAAGAGGAAGGAAUUGAGGUAGAACCAGGUGAAGAUGAGGCCCGAGAUCUUCUGCAGGAGUUCAUCAGCUACAUCAAGAGUACAAAGGUUGUUCUUUUGGAAGAUCUUGCCUCUCAUUUUGGCUUGAGGACACAGGAUGCUAUAAACAGACUCCAAGAUUUGAUGACUGAGGGAACCCUGACAGGUGUUCUAGAUGAUCGUGGAAAAUUCAUCUAUAUCACUGAAGAAGAACUUGCAGCAGUGGCUCAGUUUAUCAGACAGCAAGGGCGCGUUUCGAUAGUUGAACUGGCUCAAGCUAGCAACACUCUUAUCAAUCUUAAUCCAGAAUCGAGGUCGAUUCCAGAAACCAUGGCCUAAUAUUCACUCACUUAUUUAAACAAAAAUAAAGCUACAGACUACAUGUUUGAUUUGUCAGUUACACCUGAAUUAUUUUUGCAAAAAUUCUUUACCGCGUUGCUACAUCAUGGCGACCUAGACAUGCCGCCAUUGUCUGAAUCUGCAUUCAUUGAACUUAUGAACUCAAUAAAACUGAACCCAAAUGCUUAA